UGAUGCGUCACUGAAGGAAUGACGUCAUCACUUUGGAGCGUCUCACCACAGCACAUGGAGGGGUUUGGAAAUGUAACACUUCAUUUUGCCUAUAUGGGGAAAUGUGUUGCGGCAGAAGAGAGACUGGAUGGGGAGUCCGUCUUCAAGCAUGACAGAGGGCGAUGUGGAAUGUUUUUCUGAGUACAUGGAACUUUGGAUCCAUAGAUUGAGAAUUGAGGGAUUGAGGCUUUGGCUUUCUGGAAUAUUAAGAAUUCAAGUGGGUUUGGUGUCCAUGGAGAAUCUAAACCAUCAGCUUUCGUCAUGUGGAUUUGCACUGCACAGAGAUCUGGACAAAAACUAUGUCUUCAGAGUCAUGUACAGCGGAUGCUUUGUCCAGUUAGAGCACGGAAAUUACGUGAUUGUGCUGAACCUGUUGAAGAGAGUUAGUCGUUUUGGAGGCAGAACUCAGAAGUUUAUGAUGAAGUGUCCAGCAGUGUUAGCGCCUCCUAAUAGAGAGUACAUCCAAUGUGAUUCAGACUCCAUUCAGGUUACCAGAGAGAUCCCUGUGGAUAAUUGGAAUAAUGAGCUCGACUGGUCUCUUGCCUUGAGAGGGAGUCUGGUGGUGGCGUUGGAGGAUUCCAGUCUUAUUCAAGUAAAUGUUGAAAUGCACAAACCGAACAUUACAGUUCAAGGGAGGAGGGACACCAUCUUAAGUCCUGUGCAGGUUUUCGCAUCUGAAGGUCAUUUCUUACCCCUCAAACUGGUCAGUGGCAAUUAUGCCUACAGCAUGGAGGCUACUUGUCCUAACGGGAACACGUCGUCAUCUAAUGAAACGGUGCUGCAUAUCUAUAAGCGGCGCAUGGGUUUGACCAAAAGAGGUGGAUAUCAAAAUGAGACCCUGUCAGUAAGCAGUGUGAUGGUGGAGCAGACUGACACGUUUAGCUGGACGGAGACCACAGACUUUGUGCAGCUUAUCAUUCCUACAUCCUACAUUCAACAGAAUAAGGAGUGUUUAAGUCAAACAGGAGAGAAACUUCAGCAAAAUUUCUACAAGAUAGACGCUGUCCUCACCUUUAAAGAGACAAAUCACAAAAUGCACUGGACCAUGGAAAACACUUCUCCAUGUUCAGAGCUGUUAAAAUCACAUUCUGUCUAUGAUGACCCACAAAAAGCCAACUUUACAACACAUUCACCAACAUGGACUGCAGAAAGGCCAGAAAUUCCACCUGAUUACACCACAAACUUGACUCCUUCAGUGUCACCAUCGACUACAUCUACAGCAUUACAGACCGCAGAUCCAGACACCAGCACAACCUCAAUGCCAACACCACAACUGAAGACAACUGAAGUAUUCAACACAUCAACUCCUCUUUCAUACCAAGAAGUGUUUUCAAGUACACUUUACAGCCCAAAUCACAACUCGACAAGCUCAUCUGUACACCAGUGACUGCACAGCGGAUGGAAAUGCAGGUACCGACUGCACACGUGAUAUUAUAUUUUUUUUCAUGCUACACUAUUACAAUUGGUAGUCCAUUAAUCAGAGAGCAGAUGUAAUCACAGUUUGAAAUACAGCUACACAUUUAAGCGCCAUUUUCACUCAGACUGGGAUUUACAACACAACAGUCAAGCGGACUCAUGCAUCUUUUCCGUUGACAAGCAAAGUGCCUUGGAAUCACAUACGGGGAAUGAUUACAUCUCAGACUGUGUUGGUCAUGCUAUUUAAAUGGACACCUCUCAGCUAGGUGUCUUCCAGGAAUAAACGUGGUGAAUGAGGAGAUUCCCCCCAAAAAUGUGUAAAGCAUUUUGAGUGUCCAGAAAAGCGCUA